CACCAUGCUGAAGACCUUCCCUGACAUCAACACCACCGUUAAUGGCAUGGCAGCGGUGUACCUUCUGAGCAGGCAGUCCACUGACUUUGUCGCUCUUGGAAAUGGCUAUAAGGAUCACUUCAGCGAGAAGACCCCUCUGGAACUGAUUCACAAAACUCAAAAUGUGCUGAAGAAAUACAACUUUGAAAUCCAAGGCAGGAAUGUCUCUUUGCCCCUGUCAUAUACCUACCUGAAUCCCAACAAUGUGGAGAACAGUGUGGCCCUGUAAAAUGAGUCGGUCGUAUUUAUUAGGCACCAAAUGGAAAAAAUGCACAGAUACAGGGAGAGACUACCUUGUUUUCUGUUGAAACCUGUUUUAAACCAUGUAUCUUAUGGUGUGCCCUAAUCAUUAUGACCCAGACACUUUACUCUAUUGCGGUUCAGUCCACUUUUUCUUUUUAAUAGCCACAUGCAGCCAAGAUGAGAAGUUAAAUGUUUCUACUUCUUUGUUGUGAAUGCCACUAGCUGAUUCCUUUUAUCUAAGUAUACCCUUGUAUAACUGAAUGUACCUCAAGUCCCUUCCUGUUAUUGGCAAAAACCUAACCUUUUAUGCAAAACGGGAAUCUACUGUAUUUGCUUCACCUGGACUCAGUAUGUGGCCUUCCAUUUUCCAGCUAACCACACCAGUAGGUGUGUUGUAUGGUUUCCAUAGAGACAGGUGACCUUAAGGUAAACUUAUUUCAGCUACCUGCCUCCCUCUAAAAAGGGAUCUUUGAGAAUGAACUACAAAAUGGACAACACCUACAGACCUCACUUCCCAUAGUGCCUUGCUGCUGAGAGAACUGCAUGUGACGUUCCUGAUUUAUUAGCAGUGUAGCUUGAACCCACUCAAUUGUGUGAGAGCCAAAAGGAAACUCCUGUCCAUACAGCCAAGAUACAAUUAGAAUCUCUAACUCUGCUUUGUAACUCUAUUUCCUGGCUGAUCAACAGCUUGUUAAUUUUCAUCCUUGUCUCUUUCAGUGUUCAUUGUCCAUGUUGCCCAAGCUGUUUUGUUAAACUGGUUGACCUUUACACACCGGUGCUUUAAACUGUGUAGCACACAAGGAUAUAAAAGGUGAAGAUGGUGAAAUGUGUACAUAUCCACCAGACAUUCAGUAGUCAGUCAUUAUUCUUCAUGUUACACUAUGAUUCAGCUAUUGAAACAACUUGUCUUGUGAUUGAUUAUCCUCCCAUGAACAGGGUCAUGGCUUUGGAUAUUGAAUAGGGGACCAUUUUUCAACAAGCCUUUACUAGGCGAUACCUAAUUCUCAAUUUGGAAGGCACUAGUGUCUUCUACACUUCCAUGGUUAAGACAGAUGGGUGUCCACCCCACAGACGGUCCACCCUAAAGUGCUGCAUGUCAUGAGCCUGACUCAGAAAUCAAGAGUCGCUCUGAAUGACACCCACCUGUCUCGAUCAAUGACAGAAGAUCAGACCUUGAAAAGAUGGCGGCAAAUACACUGAACAAAAAUGUUAAUGCAACAUGUAAAGUGAUGAUCCUAUGUUUCAUAAGAUUAAAUAAAAGAUCCCAGAAAUGUUCCAUUUGAA